UUGGGCCGGCACGGGCCCGGCCCAAGAAAGCACGGCACUGUCCCGGUCCGGCCCGGGAGCAGGCGGGCUAGUGCCGGGCCCGUGCCAGGCGCCGGGCCGUGCCUGGGCCGCGAUCAAGGCCCACGGCACUAGCACGGGCCCGGCCCGACAGAAGCGGCGGCACGGGGAGGCACGGCCUCGGCCCGUGAGGCACGGAGGCGGCCCGAUGGGCACGCCGCAGCCUCCCCCCCGCGCCUCCGGUGACCGUUGGAUCGUCCCGUUGGGGAGUCGAUCCGCCCGUUGGUGGCUGGGCUAUAUAAGCCCCGGCGCCGGCCGCCCUCCCUCCCAACCCUAACCCUGAUUCAUUUCCUCCCCCCGGCAGCCGGCCAGCCGCUCGCCUCGCCCCUCUUCUCGUCUCUGAUCUCUCACCCUCUCGCCUCUCGGCCUCUCCCCUCGUCUUCCUGAACUCCGGUGAGAGGCCGGGGCCUGGUGCCGGCACUAGCAGACGGCACGGCCUUGGAGACCCAUCAUCUCGAUCUCGCACAGACCAUGUAGCGUCCUCAUCUCCUUGUCGUCCUCCUCGUCAUCUCCGUCGCCAUCGCCGCCGCCGGACUCUGGUGCUCCGGAUCCGGAUCUAGCUUCUUCUGUAGAUGUAGAAGGGAUCCGUUGAGGAACCAGGGCCGGAAGCGGAGGGCUGGAUCCGUGCUUCAUCCACGUCGCCGGUGCACCUGGUGCUCCAGCUACAAAGCUGUUGAGGAACCAGGUCACUGGCGCUUGAGCAUGGCCGGAUCUGACGAAGAGACGGUGGAGGUGGGCAUGAACGAGGAGCGGCGGUUGUGCGGCUUGGCCGGAGAUGACGACGAGGACAACAUGGACGAGGACCGCGCUGCCCUAUUCGGCGCAACCGCUGAUGAUGCUAUUCCCGUCGACGGCGACGGCGAACACGUUGAGGAACCACCUGCACCUGACGGUAACACCGCCAAGCGCCCACGCCCCUCUACCUCUCCUGUCUGGGCUGACUAUGAGAAACUAUUCAAGGAAAUCAAUGGUAAGACGGUCAGGUAUGGAGCUCGAUGCCUUCACUGCUCUAAGGUCUACUCUGGUUUCUCUAGUGGUGGCACUGGUCACUUAUCCCGGCACAUUUUAGUUUGCGUUAAGAAGCGUGAAAAGGAUCGCAUGUCUCAGUCUCAAAUCUCUUUUACUUCUGAUGGUAGUAUGCGUACUUGGGACUACUGUCCUAUGCGCGCUCGUACUGAACUUGUUCGAUUGAUUGCUAGACUAGAUGUUCCUAUCUCUCUUGGUGAAUCUGAGGCUUUUGUCGAGUACAUUAAAAAUGCUCACAAUCCUAAAUAUACUAAAGUGUCUAGGCAAACCACCUCUAGAGACAUACUAAAGUACUUCACUGAUUGCAAGGCUAAACUUGUUGAGACUUUUACUACUUCUAUUAACUGUGUGUGUCUAACCUCCGACAUUUGGUCUGGUAAUGCCAAAGAGGAUUACAUUAGUGUUGUUGCUCACUACAUAAACUCUGACUGGCAACUAGAGAAGAGGGUGCUUGGUCUGGUUCUUAUUGAUGUGUCCCACAAUGGACAAAAUAUUGCUGACCGUGUAGCAUCUGUUCUUGCUGAUUAUGGUUUGUCUGAAAAGGUGUUUGCUGUUACUUUGGACAAUGCAUCGUCUAAUGCAUCAGCCAUGCAUAAACUGAAACCUAUUCUGUCUAAAUACCUUGGUCUUGAAGUAAUUGAUGAAUCAGAGUAUGCAUCAUCUAGUUUAAACAAUGCAGUCAAUUCUAUAUUCUUGCAUCAGCGUUGUGCAUGUCAUAUUCUGAAUCUGAUUGUCAAGGAGGCACUAACUACUCUUAAGCCUUUGAUAGAAACAUUUAGAACUGCAAUAUCAUUUUUAAAUUCAUCUAAUCAGAGGAUUGCUGCAUAUAAAAGCUACUGCAUUGCAACUGGUGUUAGGCCUAGAAAGUUUCAACUGGACAUGGAGGUUAGGUGGAAUUCUACCUACCUAAUGCUUAAACAUCUGUUUCCUCAUAAGUCCCCUUUCACUACUUUCAUCCAAGCUCAGUAUCCUAGGGAUGAAGGUGAGCCUUUGCUGUUAACUGAGGAUCAUUGGAUGAUGGCACAAAAAGUGCUAUCCUUUCUUGAGUUGUUUUAUGAUGCUACUGUCACAUUGUCUGGUGUGUACUAUCCUACAUCUCCACUUAUGAUUCAUUAUCUUGUUAAGAUUUCUCUGCACCUAAAAAACUAUGCUAAUGAUGUGCACAUCAGAUCUGUGGUGCAACCUAUGAUAGACAAAUAUAAUAAGUAUUGGAGGGACAUACCUUUGCUUUACUCUUUUGCAUUCAUCUUGGACCCCAGAGCUAAAAUGAAAGGUUUUACUAGGGUGCUAAGAAGGCUAGGUAAUCUCACCAGUACUGAUUAUUCUGCUUAUUUGGUUGGCACUAGAGCUAGACUUGCUGAUGUUUACAAUAAAUAUGAUGAGAAAUAUGGUGCUGUUAGGUUGAGGAGGACUGACCCUCCUGUCCUGUCUGGUAAGUCAAGAUCUGCUUGGGAUGAAAUAUAUGAUGAUGAUGGUCCUGUUUUGGGUGGUGUUAUCUUGCCUGGUAAUCCUAACAUGUCUAGAGAUACAUCUGCAACUUCUCUACUGAAUGCAGUAAGGUCAUCAGCUUCUAAUGCUUCUGAACUUGUGUCCUACUUGGACUGUGACACUGUAAACCACCUAACUGAUGACUUUAACAUCUUGGACUGGUGGCAUCAACACAAACUUACAUAUCCAGUAUUGUCAAUCAUGGCUAAAGAUAUCUUAACUGUUCCUGUGUCUACCAUAUCUUCAGAAUCCACUUUUAGUAUGACAGGCAGGAUUAUCGAGGAGCGGCGAAGGAGUUUGAAGCCUGAAAUGGUGGAGAUGCUGACCUGCAUCAAAGACUGGGAGGCUGCAGAAGCAAGACUGCAACAGAAUGUGGAGGACAAGGAGCUUGAGGAAGCUUUUGAAGAACUUUAUCUUGAUUCAUGAUCAUUUAUGUAAUGGCCUGUAAUAUUUAGGACUUGGACUAUAGAACUUUAAGUUUGAACUGUGAUGUAAUGAACUACUUAAUUGGAGCUUGGCUGUACUCUUUUUCCCUCUCUAGGGUUUCUCACAAGGGUGAGUUUUACCUAGAGAGGUUUUUAAUGAGGCAGCCAUUGCACAAGCUCCUAAUAAAAUUGAUUUUUUGUUAA